UCGGGGUGGGGACAUAAAAGGAGACCUCCUGGUCCCAGGAACCAGAUCGGCUGUGGACCUUCAUGGCAGAAGAACCAACGAUGGAAGGGUUUUUCUGGAAGACUUUGCUGGUGGUUGGGGCUCUAUCAGCCUCUGGACACUGCGCACCAUCCCAGAAACUGCUGACCUAUGAUGAGGCCGUGGAACAGGGCGUGGCCCUCUACAACAGCAAAGCCAAGGAAGAGUCCCUCUACCGUCUCCUGGAGGCUGCUCCGCAACCAGAAUGGGAUCCCAAUUCCGAAGGCACCCAAGAGUUGGAGUUCACCAUCAAGGAGACGGUUUGUCCAGCAAAAGAAGAAGUUUCCUUGGAUCAAUGCGACUUCGAGGAAGGAGGGGUGGUCAGAGAAUGCACGGCCACCUAUUUCCUUGGGGAGAAGCCACCCAUGGCUGUUCUCAACUGUAAAGCCGUGGAAGGGAUAGAGGAGGAAGAAGAAGAGGUGGAGGAGAAGGAGGAGGAG